UUGUGGGGUAUACAGAAUUUUUAUUAGUACAAGACUAUUAGCUAACGUAUUUAGUGGAGUACGAUUUCAAUAUAAGUGCAUAUUCCGCCCUUGACCCCAAUAGAUUCAUCAGCCUCCAUUUCACAUAGUCACCAGCUUCCUUCUCCUCCAAACCAAAUGACGCUUCAGCAAACCAAUUUGUGUGCAUCAUCUAAUUCUAUAUACCUUUAUGUGAUUCUUCUCUUUUCCACAUGCCAACUCUGCUUGCAGACUGCCAUUACAGCCACUACUCCAACAAACGAGACUGAUCGUUUGGCCUUGCUCGAAUUCAAAAAAUCUGUACCUCAAGAUCCCUUUAACAUAUUGAGCUCAUGGAAUGAUUCUAUGAACUUUUGCAACUGGCAUGGAAUCACAUGCGGCCGUCGUCACCAAAGAGUCACGGCCUUGAACCUAAAGGGCUAUAAGUUACGUGGAUCCAUAUCACCUGAUAUUGGAAACCUCACCUUUCUUAAGUUGAUCAACCUCAAAAAUAACAGCUUUUAUGGCGAAAUUCCACAAGAAGUCGGUCUUUUAUACCGACUACAACAGCUCGAUCUCAACAAUAACACGUUGGAAGGGGAGAUUCCAUCCAGCUUGUCCAACUGCUCCAAUCUCAGGUUCAUAAAUCUUAUUGUGAACAACCUUAAAGGGAAGAUUCCAGCUGAGCUAGGCUCUUUGAUGAAGCUUGAAGGACUUUAUCUUUCUAUAAACAAUCUAACAGGAGGUAUUCCACCAUCUUUUGGAAAUCUUUCGUCACUCAAAUAUUUCAAUGCAGCAUACAAUAAUUUGGUGGGAAAUAUUCCAGAUACCAUAGGCCAAUUAAAAAGCUUAAGACAAUUCACAAUUGGGGUGAAUAAAUUGUCAGGUACAAUCCCUUCCUCUCUUUACAAUGUGUCAUCUCUCCAAAAGUUGAUAGUUGUAAACAACCAACUUAAUGGUACACUUCCACCUAACAUAGGCCUCAAUCUUCCCAAUCUCCAACUUCUUCUAGUUGGUGCUAAUUACUUCUUUGGGCCAAUCCCUGCUUCAUUAUGCAACGCAACUCAGCUUCAAUACAUUGAUUUAGGUGAAAACAAUUUUAUAGGAUCAGUUCCAACUAAUUUGGGAAAUCUAUUGGAUCUUUACUUGCUAACGUUGGAUAGCAAUCACCUAGGAAGGGACUUCCAUUUCGUAACAUCUUUAACAAACUGUAGCAAACUUCACGUAUUGGAUUUAGCUAAAAACCAAUUCCAAGGUGUUUUGCCCAAUUCAAUAUCCAACUUGUCCACACAACUCACUAGAUUAUAUCUUGGAUUCAAUGAAAUAUCUGGAACUCUUCCUACAUCAUUAGAGAAUUUUGUCAACUUAAUUGACUUGAACUUAUUUUAUAAUCACUUCACGGGCAUCAUUCCUACUACUUUCGGGAAGUUUCAAAAGAUGCAAGGAUUGGGUUUAAGUGGAAACAAAUUGUCAGGAGAAAUACCAGCCUCCAUAGGCAACCUUACUCAAUUGUUUGUACUUGAAUUAAGUGAAAACAAAUUCAAAGGAACCAUACCUCCAACAAUUGUAAACUGUCAAAAUCUGCAAUUCUUAAACAUUUCACAAAAUAACCUAAAUGGAUCCAUACCCCAGCAGCUUAUUGGUCCUUCUUCCCUUCUAAUAGUAUUCCUCUAUUUGUCGCACAACUCUUUUACGGGUAAAUUACCAUCAGAAGUGGGUAAUCUAAAAAAUGUUAACGAAUUGGAUGUCUCUAACAAUAAUUUAUCUGGUGAAAUUCCUACAUCUAUAGGAAAUUGUUUGAUCUUGGAACACCUUUACUUGCAAGGGAAUUCUUUUGAAGGAUCACUACCAUCAUCUAUUGCUUCUUUGAAAGGCCUUCAACAUUUAGAUGUUUCACAAAAUAACCUAUCAGGAUCCAUUCCAAAGGGUAUAGAGAAGCUUCCUUUUCUCAAAUAUUUCAAUAUUUCGUUUAAUAAUUUUGAGGGUGAGGUACCAACCGAAGGGGUUUUCAAAAACACAAGUGUCAUAUCAUUGAUUGGAAAUACUAAACUUUGUGGUGGUAUAUCAAAAUUGCAGUUGCCAAAAUGCCCUAUAAGCAUCAUGAAACCACGAAAAUCCACUGGUUUCAAACUAGCAAUUGUAGUUGUUUCCAUUGUUAUAUUUUUCUUUUGGUUUUCAUCCUUUCUUGUUCUUUAUUGGAUGAAAAAAUCAAAAAAGAAAUCACCUUCUAUGGUUUCAACAAUAGGCCUCCUUCCGAACGUUUCAUACAAAGAACUUUAUCUGGCAACUAGUGGGUUCUCUCCAAGUAAUUUAAUUGGAUAUGGCAGUUUUAGUACUGUUUAUAAAGGAGCUCUUGGUCAAGAAGAAAGACUAGUUGCUAUAAAGGUCCUUAACCUUCAACACAAAAGAGCUUCCAAAAGUUUUAUGGCUGAAUGCAAUGCAUUACGAAACAUUCGGCAUCGGAAUCUUGUUAAGAUAUUAACAUGUUGCUCUAGCAUGGAUUACAGUGGGAAUCAAUUUAAAGCUUUAGUCUUUGAAUUCAUGACAAAUGGGAGCUUAGAUAUUUGGCUACAUCCCAACAAAGACAACGAAAAUCAAUCAAGUAACUUAAGCCUUCUUCAAAGACUAAAUAUUGCAAUUGAUGUGGCUUCUGCAAUAGAUUAUCUUCAUAAUCAUUCAGCACAACCAAUCAUUCAUUGUGAUUUAAAGCCAAGCAAUAUUCUUCUUGAUAAUGAUAUGGUUGCUCAUGUAAGCGAUUUUGGCUUAGCAAGACUCCUCCCAACCCCUGAUGAUUCUUCUCAAAAGCAAUAUUCUAGUACAAUUGGUAUAAAGGGAUCUAUUGGCUAUGCUGCUCCAGAGUAUGGCAUGGGCGGUGAGGCUUCAAUGGAGGGGGACAUGUAUAGCUACGGGAUAUUUCUACUGGAGAUGUUCUUAGGGAAGAGACCCACCGACGAAAUGUUUACAGAUGGUCUCAAUCUCCAUAAUUUUGCUAAAAUGGCAUUGCCGGCAAGGCUUGUUCAGAUUGUAGACCCAAUCCUUCUACCAAGAGAAGUUGAAGAAACGCAAACAUCAACAUUGGCUAGAGAAGAUAACAACGAAAAUGAAAUUCAAGCAGAUGAAGAAAUUCUUGAUAUUGUCAACUUGUGCCAAAUUGAUGCUAAUGUGCAUAAGUGCUUAGUCUCCGUCCUUGAAAUUGGACUUGCCUGUUCAAUGGAGUUGCCAAAAGAAAGAAUGAAUAUGGAGGAAGUUACUAGAGAAAUGCAUUUGAUUAAAAAUGCUUUUCUUGGUUCCAGGAUCCACAGAGGUGGACUUAUCUAGUAGGAUCCAAGUUGAGGUGCAAUAAGCUACUUGAAGAGAUCAGUGGAAUCUACAUGUUACCCUUGUUGAGCAAAGAUUUGGCAUUUGUAUGUGGCGUGCUUGUUUCUCCUUGGUUUGAACGAUUAAUGUAUGACUUCUUUGGUUUUUAGUUCUUAACAUAAGUUUUUUUUUUUUUUUUGGGAGGGGUCCCUUACUGGGAAUCAUAAUCUCCCUUAAACUUUAUGAGAAGAAUAACAUAUAGUAUUAAAUCUCUUAUUUGCCCUUA